AAGGAAGAUACACUAAUGAAUAGUAAUAGCCUCUUUCUGGUUGGAAAGACUAAAGAGAGAGAUGACACGGCCCAGCAGGAGCAGAGCGGCCUGUGGGGGCAGGUGGGCGACUGCGGGGAGGCUCCCGGCGGCAGGUGCCCGCCUCGCGAGCCAGCAGGUGCAGCGGCCUGGAGCCCCGGGCGCCCCACCCCCGCGAGCCCGCCCCGCAGGACAUCCGGCCCGCCUGGCCCGGGGCGGGGCCUCCGGAGCGCGGGGCCUGGGGAGCUGGCUGCAGGUGUACCCAAAUCCUGGAAUCCGGAGGCCGAGGAGACAGUGAGUGCCCCCGCCUCCCUGCCGGGCCUCCCCGUGCAGCUCCUCAAGUGGCCGCCUCCCGCGACGCUGAGAUCUGGAAGGACGUGCAGGUAUUACGGCUGUGGUCUGGUCAUCCCUGAGUGUCUGGAGAACUGCUGGAUUUUGGACCUGGGCAGUGGAAGUGGCAGAGAUUGCUAUGCACUUAGUCAGCUGGUUGGUGAGACAGGACAUGUCACUGGGAUAGACAUGACAGAAAGUCAGGUAGAAGUGGCUAAGAAGUAUAUUGAAUAUCACAUGGAAAAAUAUGGCUUCCAGACCCCCAAUGUGACUUUUCUACAUGGCUACAUAGAGAAAUUGGAGGAGAUUGGAAUCAAGGAUGAGAGUUAUGAUAUAGUUAUAUCAAAUUGUGUCAUUAACCUUGUACCAGAUAAGCAAGCAGUGCUGCAGGAGGUGUACCGAGUGCUAAAGCAUGGAGGGGAGCUGUAUUUCAGUGACGUCUAUGCUAGCCUUGAAUUGCCAGAAGAAAUCAGGACACACAAAAUUUUAUGGGGUGAGUGUCUCGGUGGUGCUUUGUACUGGAAGGACCUUGCCGUCCUUGCCCAAAAAAUUGGUUUCUGCCCUCCACGUUUAGUCACUGCCAAUCUCAUUACAGUUCAAAACAAGGAAUUGGAAAGAGUGAUUGGUGACUGUCGCUUUGUUUCUGCAACAUUUCGCCUCUUCAAACUCCCUAAGACAGGGCCAGCCGAGAGAUGCCAAGUGAUUUACAAUGGAGGAAUCACAGGACAUGAGAAAGAACUAAUAUUUGAUGCAAAUUUCACAUUUAAGGAAGGUGAAAUCAUUGAAGUGGAUAAAGAAACAGCAGCUAUCUUGAAAAAUUCACGAUUUGCCAAAGAUUUUCUGAUCAGACCAAUUGGAGAGACGCUGCCAACAUGUAGUGGCUGUUCUGCUUUAGAAUCAAAGGGUAUCAUCACAGAUCCAUUCAUGCUUGCAGGACAGUCUGACAGUAUGAAGUCCAGAUGUUCCCCUGAUGUUGCUGGAGGCUGCUGUGGCAUAACUUACAGCUGACUGGAAGAAAGGGGCAGGAGGCUAAGGACUUACAUAUGUCUUUUAAAUCUACUCUCUCCCACAGCACAGACCAUAAUAAAGAAUACAUAGUGAAAAGUCA